AUGGGGCCUACGUCAAAGCGCUCCUGGAAUACGCCAACCAAGUUGUCUAGUCAGGACGAACGAAAGGCGUCACCCUCAUUGAGCGUGUCCAGUGGCCGCUACGAGAAUGGACGCACGAAAGAUGUAACCCUCAUUGAGCGUGUCCCGCGAGCAGCUACGAAAAUGGUUGCCGGUUUCAAAUCCGUGGACUACGAAACGUGUCCGGCGGUGCUUGACCUCUUUCCCCAGGGGUAUCCUCGCCCUCGAGGGGACCUAAUUCUUACUUAUGCCCCGAUUAAACAAGGUUUGGCCAACGGGCUUUUCAAUAUUGACCCAGCAAAUACACGGCGGGGACAUAAUGAGAAAAUUUUUAAGCUCAGGCGAAAUGUUUUCUCGCUUCGGGUGGUAGCUGCGUGA